AAUGACGGAAGAUGAAGAAAUGCCACAGGAAAGUUCGAAGAGUUUCAAGCAAAAAGCUCUAGACUUUUUACUGGGAAGACAAACGGAAACGGAAGAAUAUGGAGAAAUAACACAAUCAUUUAUCAAUUAUGUACACUCGGAACGCCCGUAUAAGUUAGCUGCAUCAUUAUCUUUUGUUAUUCUUGUAUUUUUCAUCGGUAUGCCAAUGUGGCAUUUUACAACUUCAACAUAUCGUUCAAACUUUCCCACAUUUCCAUCAAAUCAAUCAAUAACUGUACCAAUUCGUGUUAUUUUUGUGAUAACAUCGGAAGAUCUGAGAAAUGAUGUUAAAACUCUAAUGAAUGAGUUGGAAGUAAAUAUGACGAAGAAAGAAGUGGUGGCUCCAUUGGAUUUUACAUGGACAACUCAGUUCAUCGGAUUAAGAUCUUUUGAGCACCUCGAGCAGGAUCAUUCUAUUCAAAUAGAAGAGAAUAAAGAAUUCUUCGAUGUUUUUGUUGCUCUUGUUCCAGAAAAAGAAUGGACGCACUAUUCGGCAACCAGAAUUCAAUUGGGUAUCGGGAAAUGGAAUUUCAUACAAUGGCCUACGAAAUCCGAAGAAAAACAAAAGGCUUCAACACGUGUGACUGAUUUAGUUUCUGAAACACUUAUCGAUGUACCUCAUUUGAAUUCCAUCGUUCGAAGAGAUCUCAGACAAAAAAUGCAACCUUGGCAAAUUGCUGCUCUUCCUUUGUCUCACCAGAAACGAUUGGUAUGGGAUUCUGCUCCUCUAGCAACAAACUAUCAUAUACAAGUGAUUCAUUUGCAUGAAAAUUCUGAAAUAACACCAGAAUCCCUGAAAGAGCAAGAAAAAACUGCAAGAGCUCUCAGAAAGUUUGCUGAGAAAGUGAAAGAAAUUACUAAUGUCGAAGUAUCAUUUGAACAUCUUUGGGAUUUUGAACCAACUCGUGGAUUUUUGAUAAAAGAUGUACAAGAAAGAUGGGCAUUAACACAUUCUGCAAUGGAGGAACUCGUCAAAAAAGUUGAUUCGCAAUUGCAAACAAGUCUACAACAUGGCGCCGUUCUGAGAUUUGUUGUGCUGGAAACUGUUGAGCCUGUAAUUGUACUUGAUGACACCGGAGAAGACAGCCAUGGAGUUGCCGUUGCCUCCUGGGGAGCAGUUCUUCCGAGAAAUGAGGCAACUGAAUCUAGAGCGAUUGCUGCUAUUCGAAUUCAAAUGGGAAUGGAUGCUGAACUUUCACAUGGAUGGCAUCGCCCACCUGUUGCAAUCUGUCAAUGGGAAGUUGCUCGAGCCCGUCUACGUGCUUCUGUUGAUAAUGCGAUGCGAGCUGCCAGUGCUGUUCGAGCUCUUGAUCAGCUUGCACAGAAAAUAUCGAAUAUUGUUAUUAACGAUGACGUGGCUGAUCGUGCAACUCGAGCUGUAGAAAUCCUUAACGAUGUUGUGCGUCCUGGUCGCAUGCUUGAUUUCGAACGUCUACUUGAAGCACGUCGUUUAGCAGAUUCCGCUAAUUCGGAUCACUCCUUACUUGCAAUGCUGUAUUUCCCAAUGGAUCAGAGAACUGCCGUACUGAUUCCUCUUGCAGUACCGAUUGUGUUGCCAAUUUGUAAACUGGUCUACGAAAUUGCCAAGAUUACUGUUUUUUGGGGAUAUUUGUGAUUGAAGAAAUCUUGAUAUGCGAUAACGUUUUACGGGAAAUGUAACGAAACUAGUUUCACUUUAAUUCCAGAUCUGUUUGAUAAUAAUAAAUAAAUUUUAAUGU